AUGAUGGUGGCUCGAGCGCCUGAGGUGGCGGCGCUCGCCGCCCCUCUGCUGCUGCCGCUGCUUCUGCCGCAGGAGGCCGGUGGCUUCAUGCUGCCCCGGCAGUUUCAUCACGUGCGGCAGGACGUAUCGUUCAGCCCUGCCAACAUGCUCCUCCGCUUCGGGGUUAAGGUCGCGCCGGUGAUUCUCAUGGCCGGCUCGCUCCCGGUUGCUGCUUCUGCUGCUACCGCAGGCGGCAGUAUCAGCUCGUCGGCGCAGCCCACGAGCGCCGACGACGUCGGACUCGGGCCAGGUGAGACCUGUGACCCGGAGGACGCGGACUGCCAAGGCGACGACACAGACGAGAUUACCUUCUCGAUGCUCCACUGGGUCCGCACGCUCUUCGUGUGGUACUCGGUCGCGCGCACGGCGAUCGUCGCCAUCAUGUACAUCGCGGGGGCGGCAACGUCCCUGUUCGUGGCGAUCAGGAGGACGUUGUCGUUGUCCGGCCCGAGCAGCGGCGGCGGCAGCGGCGGCAGUACCUCUUCUUCUUCGUGGGUAGGGCGGCUGCUGGGGUGCCUGAUUCGCGGCGUAGGCGGCGGCGGCACAGGAACGCAGGGCGCGCGUACCGCGGGCCCGCGCACCCUCACGGGCAGCGGCGCUCCUUCGGCGGCGGCGCCGUCGGCGGUGAUCAUCGUCCCGACCGUCUUCACGGCCACCACCACCACCACGACCGGCGGCGGCGGCGACGGGUCUGACACUACUGCUGGAGGAGGGGUCGGCGGAAGCCGCCGAGUCCCACCCGGGCUUUCGCGCAUCAUUUCGAACACCGACCGCAUCGUGACCAACGCGCACGGGAACAUGGACGACGUCCUCGCCGCUAUCGAGAGCCUGUGAAAGAAAAACUUCGCAGGCCCUCCGCAUCAUCCCGUCUUCAUUGCGGCCGGCACUGCUUCGCCCGCCGCCUCGACUGCUGCGAAUUCGCCGCUGCUGGCGACGAUGCCUGCCAUCGCCCCCGCUCCAGGCGGCGAUGAUCCGGCCACCACCACCACGACCGGCGGGGGCGGCGGCGGCGGCGGGUCUGACGCUACUGCUGGAGGAGUGGUCGGCGGAAUUCGCCGCGUCUCACCCAGGCUUUCGCGCAUCAUUUUCGAACACCGACCGCUUCGUGGCCAACGCGCACGAGAACAUGGAAGACGUCCUCGUCGCUGUCGAGAUCCCGUAAAAAAUAAACAUCGCGGGUCCCCCGCGACCCCGAGGCUACCUCGAACGACCGCCGUAGAAGUGUAGCAACUUUUACGACGGUGCUUGUCUUUGGAAAUAACAACGUGUCCCAGUGAUUUUUAGUGCAGUAUUUUUUUUUUUGUACGGUAUGCACUAAAACAAUUACCAUUACUUUUCGGGUUGGUGUUAAUAAGGACGAGUGAGGGCGUUAUGACGAAAAAACAAAACAAAACAAAACACGUGUUGGAUGGGGAUAUGCUUGCUCCUUCUUUCAUGAGUGCUUUCAUCGACGCGUUUUCUUUAUUUUUUAGGUGCGCGACAUCGCCACUUUGGCACACGGUUGUGCACGCGUUUUUGGUGGCCUCUUCGAGUUGUUUCGUCCCUCUCUUGCCGUUUCGACAUUCCAGCCGUUUCGGCUUGCUAUGUAGUACAUAGCAGAUCGAAUACCUGCUGCCUGGGCCAAGCCCCCGCCCAGACGAAGUUUCUUGCGCAGUUUUGGUCUUUUGGCGGGCGGGGUAUUUCACGCGGCAAGUUUCGAUAGGCGAGGACUGUACCCAGCCAAAGCAGGGGGUACAGAUUGAGCGGCAGAAUAGAGGGCACGGCGACAACGGCUGGGGUAGUUUUGAUUCGACAACAAUUAUUAUUACUUUUCGUAGCGGAGUCUUGAUUCGACAACAAUUAUUAUUACUUUUCGUAGCGGCGCCCUCCUGGUCUGCUCGUGUGACGCCCACAUGGCGACCCGUUUUCCUCUUGGCUGGGACACGGGGAGCACUUUGGAGCAACGGGCAGCAGAGGCAACGGGUUGCAAACUCGGCAUGGAAGAUGAUGGCGUUGCGUUGUUGGGAAGGGAGUCAACGCGGAUAAUAUCCAAGGGACUCGGGGGUUCUAUAGGGGCUUGUGCACAUUGGUUAAUGGCAGUCACAUGUUGGGAGGUCUGUCGUAGGCUCCGUGGUUUCUUGUCUGUUUCAACGGAUGAUAUGUAUAUAGUCCAGGAGUUCUGUGUAUGUGAUCAGUCACGUCUUCCAUCAGCCACCCCUUGGAGGUGGAGUUCUGAUGGAGAUGCGGAUCCAUGGCCAGUCCUGGCAAGUCUGUCACAUAACAUUUUUUUGAGCGGGAUGUGACUGGAGUUUCUCGCAGCUGAGGCCCCCCGGCACCAUUCAAUAGAGCCCAACUCGGCACGGAAGAUGGUGGCUUUGCUGUGGGGACAGGGGUCAACCCGGACUAUAUCCGAAGUACAUCUCGGGAACUCUUCUUGGAAGGGUUAUGAGCAAUCUGACUGUCGUGUUGGCACCGCAAGCCGUUGACCCGUUGGCUCGUGAGCACAUAUCAUACAACUCGUCGCGGCAGACGUACGGCAGUGCCAACCCCUCGUAGGCAACCUCCAUUUUCAGCGAGGCUCAAGAGUCUUUGCGGGGUCUAAACAAUUGAGCAAGGGGUUGUCUCUGUGCUGCUGAAUACUUCCAGGUUUUCGUGUGGCGCGGGUGGCUGAGCCCAAAUUCUUGCGCUGUUGUUGUACCUAUUGUUUCGGAGUUCUCAGCCAUGAUUCCUUAGAGCAGGCCAGCCUUGUAAGCUGAAAAAGAUGGACAGGAGGGGAUGAGAGAGAACGCUCGCGAUUUUGGUCGGGAUCGAGGAUUGAUUGAGAACGGGCCUCGCUUUGCCUGGGCGAGCAUCCACUGAAUGAAUGCAACCAUCCGAACUUUCCGCCAUACGCCUUCAACAGCAUGUUUGCCACACAAGGUGCACAGUCGACAAACAAGAAACCUCCUACAAUGUGCGGCGAAUUCACGCCGUACAGCAGUUAGCAUUCGCUCAAAGAAUCUCUAGUUUUGGCCAAGGCUUUAGUCUAAGGUUCUUCCAUAGUUCCCAGGACCAGCGGGGCCUCGUCCCCACCAGGCCGACGCUUGUCGGGCGAGAGAGUGCCUCAACCGACUACACUGAAAAGGGAAACCACCGUCUGUGCCCUGUACGGUAGACUGGUAUAGACUGCUGUAUUCCGCGCUAUACGGCAGUGGUCUUAAGACCUACCUGUGAAAAUGUUUGAGGUGUUCGGCUGGAUCGCUCGUCCUCUGGAAAA